AAUAUCCGUCACAUCCGGUAAAUUGGUCAAUGAGCAAAGCGGAAGUUUAGUGUGUUGUUCCAGCAAGUGACAGAGAACCCCUCAGCUUGUUUCGCCUCCAAUCAUGGAGCAAUAUUGGCACUUGUGAGCAAUAGUUGACAUUACUGAUCAAACAAUCACUUGUUUCCCCCAGGACUGCGUAUUCUCUUGGCCAGUCCGGAUUACCAGCCCCUAAUAGUCUGCAUGGAGCCGUGCUCGACAGUGUGGAUGUAUCAGGCGCUCGUGUAUAUUUUUGUGCUCAUAUGCUAAGGAUGGACAACACACCGUAAUGAGCCGAUCAAUUUGCGCUGAAACUACCCAGGAAGGUCAAGGCGUUGUAAACGGGCCGUCUGUUUCAUCGCGGCGCCCUGAAAUUCUUGAUACACAAAAUCGAACUCAAGACAUCCCAAGAAUUAAGAGAGCAUAUAUCACCCAGAUCUGUACCGCUGGGGUCAACUCUCACACUCUCUGAUAGAAAGCUUCACCGCUCAUGAUGAAUUCUGUCAGAGGUGGUGCAGUUACCUGGCGACCACAGCCAUGGCAGGAUGCAGAUAGAGGUGGUGGAGAGCCUCUCUCGGAUAGUGACUCAGAGGAAGAGGAUUUUCCUGAUGACUACUCUACUCCCUUGGGGGAAUAUGUAACUCAGGGGUUAAAACAGCUGCUUGAUGCUCAGCAGUUGUGUGAUGUCACUCUUGUGGUGGAGGGAAAAAAGUUUAUGUGUCACAGGGUUCUUUUAGCAGCAGUCAGUCCAUAUUUCCGUGCCAUGUUUACCAGCCCUCUCGUAGAGUCUCGUCUUACUGAGAUCCGACUGGAGGAGGUGACACCUUCUGUUAUGGAGACAGUUAUCCACUUUGUUUAUACAGGAGAAGCAGGUCUUAGUCUUGACACAGCAGAGGACUUGUUUGUAGCAGCCAAUCGUCUUCAAGUGAUGCCCUUGCAGGACCUUUGCUCUAGAUUCCUUUUUGAACACCUGUCUGUGGAGAAUUGCCUGGGCAUGUACUCUCUGGCUCGUUCACAUCAUGACCAGCUGCUUCUUCGGGCUUCUUUGAGACUGGUGGGCCAGCAUUUCCCUCGAGUAGCCCGGCAGCGAGAUUUCCUCCUGUUGGACCCAGGAACUCUUGGCAGCUUGUUGGAGUCGGAUCGAUUGGGUGUGGAGUCUGAGACUGAAGUAUAUGAUGCAGCAAGGCGCUGGGCAGAAAACCAGCCAGCUGAUCGCUACAGUCACAUGCCCAAUUUGUUACGCCAUUUACGCCGCGGUCUUUUUGGCCCUGAAGAGAGCCACCGAAUGAACCAAGAACUUGGACUUCGAGCCAGUACAGAGGGCAUGGGAGGACCAUUGAGGCCUCGAGAAGGCAUGUAUGAGAAGAAAAUAGUCUGUGUAGACCUUAAGCCAAGAGAGAAUGAGUCUUUACAGGAAAGGGACUUCACAGUGGAUUGCUUCGACCCUCGUACAGGAAAGUGGGAGAAGCUGGCAGCCUUGGGCUCGUUGCUUUGUCCCGGCUGUACUGCUGUUGGAGGUCGACUGUUUGUGGCGGGAGGCAUCCUGCGGAGUUCCGAGGUCUCCUCAGCACUUCAUGAGUACGAUGUCGUGCUAAACCGCUGGAUUGAACAGCCAUUGAUGGCUGAACCACGUGCAAUGUUAGGUCUUCUUGGUUGCGGAGGUUUUUUAUACGCUCUUGGUGGCUGUAACAGAGCAGCCUUUCUGGACACAUCUGAAAAAUUUGACCUUAACACACUGACCUGGGGAUCAGGACCUCGUUUACCAUUGCCAUUGCGUUCUUUUGCUUGCGCUGCCCUCCGCUGUCGUCUCUACUUGCUUGGUGGUACCACACUGGAGCAGAGCAGGGCUGUGGUGCAUGCUGGCGUGCUUAUAUACCACACAGUUACAAAUACCUGGAGCCGCGUCGCCCUAGACUCUGGCGCCACCUGCCUGGCUGGAGGCGUGGCAGUACGUGGCGGCGUUUGUGCAAUUGGUGGUUACUUGCGUGAUGCCGCCAAGUUCCUCAAUGGCAACUACACCCAGGCUGAACCACUAGAUGCCACAGGACGUGUGUUGUUCUUCCGAGAAGGAAGAGGAUCAGGAGUAGAACGGGAGGUGGCUGUUGCAGUAGAGCGAGGGGGUGGUGGUAGUGACCGUGCGCCUAGUCCGGUGGUUUUUCCUGGCCUGCCAAGGCGGAUUGCAGCUGGAGGUGUGGCUAGAUGGAAACGCAGGAUAUAUGUGUUGGGCGGUGAGAAUGGAUCGAGAUUUUAUGAUAGCGUCUACUGCUGGAAACCUGGCUGGCGAAGCUGGGUCCAAAGGCGGGAGAAAUUACCAGGGGAAACAGGAGGAGUUAGCCAGUUUGGAUGUACCACACUGAAGUUCCCAAAAAAACACAUUUUAGCACGUCUUCGUGCUGCCCAACAGAAACGGGGAAAAGAGAAACGACCGACACGGUCAUGCAGAAUCAUGCGGAUUGACAGGACAAAUCAGGAAGUGUGAAAUUAUUAUUAUAAUUUUUUUUCAGUUAGACUUAUGGGCAUUUUGGAACCAUUCAUGUACCCCUACUUUUACGUAAUUACUCUUG